AUGGAUUUUGCCGAGGAAAACGGCGAUACCGCAACCGAAGCAGUCGUAUCCCCUCCCUACUUCCGCCCUUGCCUCGUUACCUUGCCUCCAGAGCUGCUCAUCGAAAUCAUCAAAUUUGCUAUGCUUUCCAAAAGCCGAAGAGGCGUCUACUUCGAGAAUCGAAACAAUCUCAGAGAAAUUUCUCGGGUUUGCAAGCUCCUCCGUAUUUUUACUAUCUCUUUCCUCUUCAAGACUGUCCGUCGAACGAUCAAUGAGGACAAGAUCCACGCGCAACUCCAAGCCCCCAAAGGAAACGCGUUGAUUCUAGGUUCCAUACGCUACUUGUCUCUGUGUACCCGAGGCCCCGAGUGGCCUCCCGAAAAGUGGCGAGAUCACUACAAUCCGUCCAUUAAACCAUGUUCGAGAGCCACAGCAGCACUUCUCGUCAAGGUUCUGUGCAAAAUGACACCGGAGGAAGUCCGCAUUACCUUCCAAUGCGGUUACAAGUCCAUGGUUGCCCACUUCCGGGCAGAGCUUGUCAAGCAGAAGGCAUGCAUGCAAUCUGUCCGAUCUUUGACGUAUCCAUCAUCGGUCACCAUUCACUUCAUCCUUAAGACAUUCCCAAACCUUCGUUAUUUAAGCCUCAAUAUCGAUGGCUCGCCUAUGCACGCUGCCGGCCUCAUAGUCAUCGCCCCGAAGUUGCAAACUCUCGCAACGCUGGAGCUCUCCAAGGCACAUUGGACUUGUAAGGAUAUGGAGGAAGUCGUGGAGCUUUUUCCAUCUAUCAACUACCUGCUCAUUGACGGCGAGCUUAAGUUCACUAGGGUGUCGUGGUCUGCGAACAACUAG